ACAUGUAUAUUCAACCCAGCAGUGGUCCAUCAUAAUGUGGAUGUAUCAGCAGCGUGUUCUAACUGGUCUUUACCAUAACGUUUAGCAUGGUUAGGGCCUAAAUUUAAGUUGCAUCGGUAAUUAGUGUGUGGCGAUGGCUACCGGAAAGUUAGAGUGCAUUUUCUUCAGUGAAUUUCAUCCCACAGCAGGCCACAAGAUUACGUACCAAGUGGUGAGGUGUGAAAAUGAUGCAAUCCCAGUAUCCAGCGUGAGGGUACUCAAUCAGAUCGCACAGUGCUGGAUGAUCAGCAAGGUGCCUGAGGAGUAUGUGUCCCGUGAGCUUUUUGACACAUUACACGUCUACAUCAUCACAAAGCCGGAAUUACAAAACAGACUCAUCACAAUAAAUGCUCUUGGUCACAAGAUCAUUGGUUGCCCCGUCAGCAUCCAAAAUGUCAAAUACUCCCGCAAUGCAUUGUUGUUCAACUUGUGCUUUGUCUGUAAUGCGUCAAUGGACACGGCACCGUAUGAACCACUGGUGAAGAAACUCGCAAACUAUCUCUUGACAUUAGAGUUGGAGAGUGGCUUUUUGUCCAAUGAAAAGAGCAAAGAACGCCUUCCCAGCAUCCUUGCAGAUCUUCUUUCACAGCUCAACAGUAAUGGGAAAUGCUCUAUUCCUAUCAAUGAAUCUAACACCAUCCACUUGAAGAUUGUACCCCCAACCAAAGAUCCGCCGGCAGUGCUGGAGCACCAUGUGCCCAUGUUCCUGACGGACAAGAACGCCUUCGAUUCUAGCCAAUGGGACCUCACUUCACAACAGAUCCUACCGUACAUUGAUGGUGUCAAUCACGUUCAGAGAAUUGCCACUGAGGCUGACGUAGACAUCAACCUGGUCAAGAUAUGUCUACAAAACAUGCUGUACUACGGAGUGAUCACGAUUGUUCCCAUAUUCCAGUAUUCAAAUGUGUACAUCACACAGCCAGAUAUCAACAGAUUGGUGGAAGAUGAAGCACUACGGGAGGAGUGCAUCAAGUAUGUUACAAGAAAUGAAAUGGCCAGCCCUGCUACACUUCGGUCCAUUAUACACCUUUACGGUAGCCUUAGGUCGGACAUAAGCGUCAAAGAUCUGUGCCUUCGGUUUGACCCGAGGUCUCUGAACAUCGAUGAGAGACAUCUGAUACAGUUUGGUGUUAUCCGUGGACUCAUCAAAAGACUCCAUCAGUAUCCAGUCAGGGUACUUGAUGGGGGAGAACAGCACCGGACUCACCAACAGCCACUGGACAGAUAUAUGAACGGUCACUUCAACUUUGAUGAAAUUUGCUGCAAGACGGGCCAAAGUCACCAAGAGUUGGAAGAUUAUGUGGAGAAUGAUGCUAACAUAUAUGUACUCUGGAAAUGACAAAAACGAGGACUUUCUGAAUGCCUGAGAGUGGGUAAGGGUUAAUAUGUAAAUUUGUUGGUAAAUGGGGCCCAGUGUUGAAGUUUACUUGUAAUAACUAACAUUUACACAUUUUGUUGAACAUAUUCAAAUCACCAUACAAUGGAAAAUGUAAUUUUGAAAUGGAAUCAUGUUUUUCUCCUAUCUGUGCAAUCUAAUUUUUGUGUGGUAUUUCCUGAAUAAUAAGGUACAGUUUUACUCAGUUUCAGUCUUGUAAAAUCAAAUAAAGUAUCUUGGUAUUGUGAAAUGCCAUGUCGGCCUGAUUCUUGUGAAUCGAGUUGUGGCAUACUGUUCGGACGAUCACAAUGCAAGGCGACACAAACACACAGUUACAGUUGCAAGCUUCAGCAGUGUCGAUUUUCAGACAACUCUUCGGGUAGCUAGAAAUCCAGUCAGUGAAUUACAAGUUGGAUAAGAUUAUUCUCUCCCCCCAAUCAUCAGGCCGUUGGUACUGCACUGAUGCAGCCUCCUCUACUUCAUCCUUCCAUGUCCGACACCACUGACAGGCCUUUCUCGUAUCCCCCGUCGUCUGUCCCAUGCAAUGUACACACCUGUUUUUCCAUUCGUUUUCAAUGUCCUACCCAAAAACAUGUUUCCAGCCUCACGUGCAGCACGCUAUCUUUCUAUUGGUUACUGGUGACCCAGGGUCACGCAACUUUCAGUGCCCCAGAUACAGUGUGCCAUAUUUAGCUUGUAAACUUCUACAACACAUGUGUACGCCAUAUAAUGGUCGUCAUGCGAAGCCAUUUCCCUACACCAUCAAGGUGCAUGGAAUGAACAUCAGAAUAUGUGACCUCAAGCAGUUUUUUAUAUGUAUGUUUUUCCAACCUGCCACAAAACAUGCAAGGGUCAGAGACUACACAUAGUUUACAAAGUACUGAAAAUCUUUUCACACAUGAAUCAAAAUACAUGUACUGCACCCACAGAUCGUGUUCGUAGAUUGCCACACAUUAUACUCCAACAUGACUACACCACAAGCCAACUCGUUACUGAAAUGCACCUGCUUACAGACAACAGGAAAGCUUUUUUUUUCAUCAAGAGGAAGUGGGAUGUAAUUAACAUGUUGAUUAGUAACAAAUUUAAAACAAUGUGUAUCUACUUGGCAUUUUUUCGUUACAAAUCUUUAGAAUCUGUUGGUGAGAUUUAUCCCUUGUCAUAGAGUAUGGAAAUCUAGCCUCUCUUGUUGAUCCACUGAGCUUUCCAUUUCUCUUGGCUUUCCCUUGGGAAAAUAAAAUGGUCAACAGAUCACUGAUGGAGGCUAUACUGUACCCAACCCAGAGAUAAAUUUUUUUCUGUGUUUUAUUUUCUUGAGGCAGAUUUGCUCAAUGGAUCACUGAGGAAUUUAGUUUCCAGUGGUUGUGUCUUGUGACCAUGAGCAGACCGUUCCAAGACCAACAUGAGACCUCCAGUCUGACAUCAAGUCAUAAGCUAUUCCAAUAAACUGCAACAAAAGUGUUCCUUUUCCACUGUUCAACCUGUUACUUGUGACUGGUUUGUGACUGACCAUGUGACUCACCCAAUCUGACUACAUACAUGUAUAUCCACCACUGUUAACUAACACUUUUACAAAGAAUUGCCCCUGUUAAGGACAGGCCGACAUGUAUUAUGGUAUUACCUGAAUUAUGUAAAAGCUUCAGCAUCAUUAUGUGGGACCGUGGGCACAAAACAGAAAAACAGAAGUUUGGUCAAGUUGGUUUUUGUAGCGUAGUGGGUUAGGAUAGGAUGAGUAUUGUGAAUGUUCUUGGUUCAAAUCCCUGAGGGCAUUUAAACAAAAAAAAUUCAGGUUCUUUCAUGUCGGAGAAGAUUGAUUUUAAAAGUUUUAUUAUACAUGUAUAUAUUGCCCAAAAUGUAGCCCUGGAGGUAGGACAAAAGCUCACUUCAAUGAGUUCUCGAUCAGGUACACCACCUGGGUCCUUUUCCAAAUGGGAUUAUUUCUGUGUAAACUUCAUUUGAUAUUAACAGCAAUGGAUAAUAAGACUGGCUGCAUGACAGGUCUUAUGAUGAGAACAACUAUAAUGUUACUAGUUUCAGUGUGCCACUCAAAGGGAAUAUCAGUGCCAUGUACACGUACAUGUAUAUGCGAUAGCUUAUAUACAUGAAUCAGUUGUUCUCUUGAUGAAAAUGAAAUCCCCAGCAGAUCUCCUUGGGAAGCUUGUUUUACUUAAAUUUCAUGAAAUAAAGUGGGUUUUUUUCUGAGACACAGCGCUCAGUGGAUCGAUGAGAGAAUUUAGUUUCACUAAGGCACUUGAAGCAGGCAGUAUAUUUUUUCUUAGGACAUGCACAUAUUUUAGUACAUGUCUAUGAACUACUUGUUCACUUGAUACUGUUGCAUUCAAUCUACUUAAUCUCCCACGGUCCACCUGAUACUUAAAGUACAUGUACCAGGGGGUCAGCCAGAGGCUUCAUCCAUUUUCCUUCGUCAACGUGAUGUGUGUCCCCCAACACGUUUUGCUAGCCAACACUAAAACUUGUGCCAGGAGACGAUGUCGAGAAAGUGGGCUCGUCUUUAGCCCACACACAGCCGAACUCUCUUUUGAUGGUUGUGAGCCACCCCUAAACUCACUAGCUCAGUGCACUUUAGGUGGAUUGACUUUUGUAAUUUUUUUUGUAUUUAUUAAAAUGGUAACUAAAUUUUUAGUUGUUAACAAGUCAGUCUGACCUCAUUUUCUUUAUUUCUGUAGUGCCCUUGUUCAGUUAUUUUUUUUUUGGAUUUGGCACACGUAACAAUAUCACUACUUGCCCAAAAAAACUGAACUAGAAUUUUUACUGAAACACAGCUAGAUACAGUAUCAUCAAAUGUCAGUAAAAUGUGGCAAUUUCAGUUGCAACAGGAAUGGAUUGCUUAAGUUAUGAAACUGUAAUUUGCAUGAUUAGGUAUGGUGGAAUGUCAAAAGGAUGAGUUGUCACAAAAUAUAUAAUGUAUCAAGGGUGAUAUUCACCUUUUACCAGUUUCCAAACAAUCCGUGCAAGAAGCCAAAUGGUAUUGUAAAGUGGAAGGGGAUUUCGUUUUAAAGGAUAUCUUUUGUGCCAGCUUUUUUUUUCAAACCUUAACUCUCACUGAGUUAAAACAUGUAAUUUCUCUCAGUUGAUAGCAGAAUUUCCAGCCAACCACAGUUGUCCUUGAGAGAGAACUCAUAAAUUUGGUAGAAGGGUACACAUAUUUUCACUUUUGUGAGAUUUAGCCUGUGUCUCAGACUGCAAGCAUUUCCAAACUCAUUAUUGAAACUACUUCUGAAGUUUAUAUCAGAUCAGGUAGAUAGAGUCGGGUUCAAAAUCUAUAGCAUGCGAAUACAAAAGCGGAACUAGCAAAAUAAACAACUAACAAAACAAACCU